UGUAUAGCAGACAGUAUGUUCCUCGGUCAAUAACAAACAGAGAAAAAUGUUAAAAUUUCUAAUUUUUCUGAUUUUAAUCACGAUUUUGCUUAAUUUAAUUGGAGUUUCAGAUGGUCUGAAAUGCUAUUGUGAUAUAUGUCCGAAUAGUACAUGCAUAGCUAAUGCUAAAUGUUUAACAGUUGUUGUUAAAGGAAAGACAGGUCUUGUCCAUAGAUACAGAUGUUUAGAUAAAAUAGAAGGACAGUUUUUGAAUGGAGAGCAUUUAACAUGUAACACAGCUAAGAAACAAAAGACGGACAAUUAUAGAUUGUGUUGUGAUGAUUACGAUUUUUGUAAUCGUAAUCUGGUGCCGACUCUGGCGCCACCUACAACAACAACUCAGAGUCCAGAUGAGGAUUUAGACAAACUAGAGUUUGGGACAGCAGAGUUAGUUGUACUGAUAUCCGGUCCAGUAGUACUGGUCUCCCUACUCUUUAUGAUUGGAUUCUUUGCCUAUUACCAGUACCAGCACAGGAGACCUUCAGGUUAUAUGCUGCCACCAGAUACCAGUAAUGCUGACGUUGCACCGUUCGCUCAGCAAGGGACAGAGGGUUUGAGAGAAAUGAUGAUUGAAUAUUCAGGCUCUGGAUCUGGUUUACCUCUGCUGGUUCAGAGGACUAUAGCCAGACAAAUCCACCUCUGUGAAAUCAUUGGUAAAGGUAGAUAUGGGGAAGUGUGGCGAGGAAAGUGGAGGGCAGAAAAUGUGGCUGUUAAAAUAUUCUCAUCUCGAGAGGAAAGUUCCUGGUUUAGAGAGGCUGAGUUAUAUCAGACAGUCAUGUUGAGACAUGAGAAUAUUUUAGGGUUCAUAGCUGCAGAUAAUAAAGACAAUGGCACAUGGACACAGUUAUGGUUGAUUACAGACUAUCAUGAGAAUGGUUCCCUGUUUGACUAUUUGAACAGGACCCAGAUUAGUAUUCCUCAGAUGAUACAGAUGGCCUUGUCAGCAGCCAAUGGUCUCUGUCAUCUUCAUAUGGAGAUUAUCGGCACAGAAGUUCAUGCCGGCAAACCAGCCAUUGCACACAGAGAUUUGAAGAGUAAAAAUAUCUUGGUAAAAAACAAUCUUACCUGUUGUAUAGCAGAUUUAGGUCUUGCUGUUCGUCAUGAUAUAGCCACAGAUUCAGUAGAUAUAGCUCCCAAUGACAGAGUAGGAACCAAACGAUACAUGGCUCCUGAAGUCUUAGAUGCUACUCUCAACAGAACACACUUUGAGUCUUUCAAAAGAGCUGAUGUAUAUGCCUUUGGUUUAGUAUUAUGGGAGAUGGCAAGGCGAUGUUCCAUUGGAGGAAUCGUAGAAGAAUACCAGUUACCAUAUUAUGACAUGGUUCCAUCAGAUCCUUCCUUAGAAGAAAUGAGAAAGAUUGUCUGUGAUGAAAAAUAUAGACCUGCCAUACCCAACAGAUGGCAAACAGUAGAGUCAUUGAGAUUAAUGGGGAGAUUAAUGAAGGAAUGUUGGUACCAUAAUGCUGCAGCCAGAUUGACAACAUUACGGAUCAAGAAAUCGUUAGCUGCUAUGACCUCAAUGGAGGACACAAAAGUGUACAUAAGGACAGCAUGAAAACUUUGAUGAAGGGAGACAACUACUUCUUGUUCAGGGGAGACAACUACUUCUUUAUCAAGGAGACAACUACUUGGAGGUGUUAUGCCUUUCAGCUUUCAGAAGUGAUAUUGUUGUUCAACAGAUUAUGUCACAAAUUAAAUUUCAUUGUUUGUAAGCAAUUGCCAUUAGGCUUUUACAUGACUACAUUUCACCAAAUUGUUAUAGUAUGGGUCUGUCAUUGUUAUUACUUGUGUCAGUGCUGUAACUGGUAAUCUUAACACUUGUUUCUACUGUUAUGAGUAGUGUCAAAGUUAUUUAUAGCAGUGUUAUUGCUGUAGACAGUAGUGUCAAAGCUAUUUAUAGCAGUGUUAUUGCUGUAGACAGUAGUGUCAAAGCUAUUUAUAGCAGUGUUUAAUAUUGCUGUAGACAGUAGUGUCAAAGCUAUUUAUAGCAGUGUUAUUGCUGUAGACAGUAGUGUCAAAGCUAUUUAUAGCAGUGUUAUUGCUGUAGACAGUAGUGUCAAAGCUAUUUAUAGCAGUGUUAUUGCUGUAGACAGUAGUGUCAUUACUAUUACCAAUAGUAUCAGUGCUGUGUGACGAGUAAUGUCAUAUCAUUUAUAAAUGAUAUUGCUGUUACCAUUAGUGUCAGUGCUGUUAAAAGUUGAUUCAUUGCUAUUCAAAGUAGUGUCAUUGAUGUUAUUCAUAGGCGGAUCCAGAGGGGCCUUGGCCCCCCCCCCCUUUUUCAUGUGAAAAAUUUGUUGAUUAUAUAGGG